AUGACCUACGACAAAUAUGUCAGGUACGAGAAGUACUAUGGCAAAUACGACAAGUGGGAUGAGUCGCGGUUCCGAUGGGAUGAGAACAAUAUGCCAAGCAAAUGCACACAGCUGCAGGUUCGUUACUGCUGCGGCCAUACCCUAGGCGGCGAGUUUAUCAAGUGUGCCCGUCACAUCGACAGCGAGGACGAACGUUGUUCAAACCGGUACAUUCAUUUCAUCGAGGCGAAGCAGUCGACGCACAAAUGCCGCACCUGCUUGAGAUCUGGAUGA